AUAUCCAAGUUGCUUUAUAGCUAAUGUAGAUCGUGCAUCUGAAUCCGGUAGUCACUGGUUAGCCUUUUACAUUUCAUCCCCACAGCAUUUAGAAUUUUUCGAUUCCUAUGGACAUGACCCAUCCUAUUUUCCUGGACCGAUAGCCAAGUAUGCAGAACGAUUUCCACAGAUGGACUUUAAUUCGAUGACUCUCCAAACUAAUGUAACAGCAGUAUGUGGUCAAUAUUGCAUAUACUAUUUACAUUGUAAAUGUCGUGGACAAUCUCUCAAUGAUAUAUUGUUAUCUUUCAUACCUCAACAUAUAUCUAAUGAUAUUAAAGUAUAUAAUUUUGUAAUCAAGAAAUUUCAUGUAAGAUCUUCUUUCUAUCAAUAAAUACAUUUAAACUUUAUACAUUAUGUGUCUUGUCUCAUUUAAUAUGGAAUUUCCAAAGCUACAACAUCCUUUCACAAUGGUGAUUUCGGGACCCACUGGAUGUGGGAAAACCUAUUUUGUACGAGAACUGUUAAAGUAUAAAGAGGAAAUGUUUUCAACGAUUCCCGAUAAAGUAGUAUGGUGUUAUGGAAUUUACCAACCUCUGUAUAAUGAUAUACCGAAUGUUACUUUUGUCGAAGGUUUACCAAUUAAAUAUCAAGAAUAUUUAGGUUCCAACACAUUAUUCAUCAUAGACGAUUUGAUGAGCGAAUGUGGGAAUGAUAAACGUCUGACUAACUUAUUUACAAAAGGAAGUCAUCAUUUAAAUUUAAGCGUUAUUUUUAUCACACAAAACUUUUUUCACAAGGGAAAAGAAAUGCGUGAAGUGACUUUAAAUGCACACUAUUUGAUUUUGUGUAAAAACAGAAGAGAUGUCAGUCAAAUCGUACAUUUAGGAAAACAGCUCUUUCCGCGUCAUUUAAAGUUUUUUCAAGAAGUAUAUGAAGAUGCAACCAAGAAACCUUUUUCUUAUUUAUUCAUUGAUCUGCGCAGUGAAACUCCGGAAGAAUUACGUUUACGCACCCAAAUUUUACCUAACCAAGUACAGUAUGUUUAUCAAAUGAAACAUUAUUAAAAAAUAAUAAAAACAACAGCUUUAUAAAAUGCAUCAUCAUUUUAUAAAAUGACGCUGGUCAAGAAACAGCUAAGACAGUUACAGCUGUUAAACAUUUGUCCGUUAAAGUUACGGAAACAGCUAUUAAAGAAAAUUAAUAUCAAUUGCAUAAAAGCUAUAUGCGAAUGUAGUUUAAACAUACUCAAAGGAAACGUUCCAUUGUCAGAGCAACAAAAGAAGUCUCUCUGUAAGCAUAAAACAACUUUACGAAAAUUAGGAAAUCGUAAGAUUUCUCUUGUGAAGAAACGAAAAUUAAUUUUACAAAAAGGAGGUUUUCUAAACGUUUUGAUUCC